AUGAAGUCGCUUACUCUCCUGACAAUAGUAUUUUUGCCAGCAACUUUCAUUUCAGCACUUUUCAGCACUACCUUCUUCUCCUUUGCGGAAGAUGGGUGGCAGUUCUCCAACAAGUUCUGGAUAUACUGGGCCAUUGUCAUUCCUUUGACUAUCUUUAUGCUUUUCGUCUGGUGGUGGCUACGCGAGAGAAAAGCCCGAUGCUUUUGA